GGCUUUGUUGGGCCGGCGUCAUCCCAGAGGAGAGGAGCUCAUGUGUGAAAGUGCAGCACACGCUUUGCCGUCUUUCUUCUUCUUUGCCUUUUUUUUUUAAUUUUUUUUUUUUAGGACUUUUUUCUCUUUUUUUCUUUGUGAAAGUGGAGCAACAUCUGCUACAAAGCUUUGCUGAAACAAAGUUUUCCAUGAUGUUAAUUCUGAAGGACACAAAUGGAAGCUUGAAAAGUCAUUUGUGUUGUCACUAAAGAGCAGUGGCAGAAGUAAGAUGACCCUGGCUAUUGUUUUGAUGAGAGCGCUCCACUGGGGUCUCCUUCUUCUAUGCUUUGUGAGCUUGUGCAGCCAGCAAGAGUCCACUGGCAACCAAAGCUCCAAGGAACUGACAGGGUCAUCGAGGGAGAGGACGGGGACUUGUGAAGUGGUUGCGGCUCAUCGAUGCUGCAACAAGAACAAGAUUGAAGAGCGCUCUCAGACAGUCAAGUGUUCUUGUUUCCCAGGACAUGUAGCCGGGACAACAAGGGCACUGCCCUCUUGUGUUGAAGCUUCAAUCGUGCAUCAGAAGUGGUGGUGUAAAAUGAAGCCAUGCGUGGAAGGGGAGGAGUGCCGAGUUCUUCCCGAUCUGACUGGCUGGUCGUGCAUCUCUGGGAACAAAGUCAAGACCACCAAGGUGUCACGGUAAGAAUGCAUCAUCUCGGUCCAACCAAUCAGAGCACCGCCCCUUGCUUGGAGCAGUCAUCUAAAGUAACUCUGGACCCCCGAGGACUGUUAGAGCUUAAAAUAAUAUAUAUUUAAUUAGAUAUUUCCUGCUUCACAUUAAACCGCAGGAACUCAUUAUUUAAAUAUCCUUUGUCUUGAACACAAAUUUGGUCUGGGUUAAUCCCACGGAGUGAACAAUUUAUUAGCAAAGAUAAAAUGAAGCGGCGCCUUGUUCCAAUCCAAACAGUCAGUUCCUGUGAGAGUUUAUUUGACAAAGUGGAUGAACUGAGAACAUUAUUGAGAUAUUCGCUAGGUUCGGAGUCACAUGCUAGAAAGCAGAAUUUGUCGAUUUUGUCAAGCAUAAAUACCGGAAAAUGUAUUAUUGUGUAGAACAACAUACUUAUAAUACUUAAGACUCACUUUAAUUUCUAUAAAGAGGUCAGUUCCCUUUGGACUAGUACUCAAACACACACACACACUUUUCAACUCCAUGGAUUGGACAGGCCACCAGACAAGCAUGCAGACAAUCCUGCACCCCCAUGCAAAACAAGCACUGUUUGAAAUGCUAAUCACAAAGAGAAAAGAGAAGAGGAGCAUCUUCACUGUUGAGAGUAUUUACAUCACGCAUUUGUUUAUCUCUUCAAACUCAGUGCUCCUGUAGAGUGGAGGCAGCUUAUUGUAAUAGUGGAGAACAUUGGAGAUUUUUCUGCCACUGAGCAGAAGUGUAGCCACUAACAGAAUGCUUGCUGGUAUUAUCACUUCAUCUUCUUUAUGAAUAAUAUUCCUCCUGGACCCACUCUCAUUGCCUGUGUGUUUUAUCUCCGGUGUUCAGCCACUGUGCUUGCAUUUCAAUUUUUCAACGAGAUAAGGCUAUAUUAACAAGAAUACAUUUCAUACCUUUCAAUCUGACACAUUAGAUGAUAAUGAAUGUCACAUAUUUGGGGCUGGAUUUUCAUGGCGAAAGGGUGGUGGAGCGUGGCGCACCCCGUACUUUUAAUGGUACUUUUAUCCAGUGCACCACAGUGCGCAGUCAAUUUGGUAAUCUGGUAGACUGGGGCUGCACCGAGAUGGGCGUGGUGCCCAUAUUUUUCAGCUUGGUGCGCCGAAGGUGCGCUGAAAGCUUGCCAGCUCCGACCUGGUCUAUUCUCUCUGUAUUCGUACCCGGCGCAAUGGCUGACAGGCAUGCAGUGCACACAUGUUACCAAAACCUCAGGUUUUUGAGAGUGUCAGGCACAUUUCAAUGCAAUAAACAAUCACAGCAACCACUAUUUAAUGUAACCAUAAUAUGAACCAGCAUGUACAUUUUUGUAUUAAAAGGGAACUGCACUUUUUUGGAAUUUUGCCCAUCUGUCACAAUUGUUAUGUGAAACAUUAACACAUAUUUCCCAAGUUCAAUUCCAGCCUCAGCCAUCUCUAUGUUUACUUUGCAUGUACUCCGGUUUCCUCCCACAUUCCAAAAACAUGCUAGGUUAAUUGGCGACUCCAAAUCAUCCAUAGGUAUGAAUAUGAGUAUGAAUGGUUGUUUGUCUAUAUGUGCACUGUGAUUGGCUGGCGACCAGUCCAGGGUGUACCCCGCCUCUCGCCUGAAGACAGCUGGGAUAGGCUCCAGCACCCCCCGUGACCCUCGUGAGGAAAAGCGGUAAAAAAUGAAUGCAUGAAUAUAAGUUUUGUAUUUGAAGUUUUCCUGCUAAGAACACAAGCAGCAGGUCUGACAGGGUUCAUCUUUCUGCUAAUUAAGCCGUGUGACAAUCAGGUGUACCUGUACCUCGGCAUUUCCCCCCUGAAGUAGCUGCCUGUAACCCCUGCAGCGCCUGUUGUAUAUGCACGCAUUUAAAAUAGAAACUACUUCAUGAAUUCAAAGAGAGAACAGUCUAAUCGCAGUAAUUAAAAUUUGGAGUCUUUUAGGAGCCUCUUUGUUGAGCCGUUCUAUCGCUCAGCGAGAAAGGAGUGAAUUAGAUGCAGACAAAACCACCAUAAUUAAGUCUCCUCAGUGGCGGGUUGUGCAUUUGCCACGUAAACCUUAAUCUACAUUGGAUUUAAUCUACUUAAUACACCUCUAUCUUAAUCCACAAUCAAACCAUCAAUAAAAUAAAAAACAUAGUAUAACAACAAUGAUAAAGAGAGAUGCAUUUUGGCAUUGGGGAUGAAUACCAUCAUUAAUAAAGUAAGUCAGAGAUUGGCACCAUGUUAUUUUGGAUCAGCUGCUGCAAAUCAAUUCAGAAAAUCUGAAGUUUAAAGGGACAGGAAUGUUACUGUUACUGUUACUGUUACUGAGCACUAUAAGAGCACUUGUCUUCUUAUUAGCAAUUUCAAGGCAAGGCAAGUUUGUUAAUAGAGCACCAUUCAUACGCAAAGCAAUUCAUUGUGCUUUACAGAAAAGAAGGGUAAAAAUCACGUCUAUAAAAACAUAGAAUCAUUCUAAAAAUCACAAAAUUCCACAAACCAGUCCAUAAAAACUAAAAACAUAUAUUAAAUAAAAA